GUGCCACCAGAGACAUUGGAUCAGCGCUGACCAGGAUGUGUAUGCGGCAUCGCAGCAUCGAGGCCAAACUGCGCCAUUUCACAAAUGCCCUGAUGGAGAGCUUGAUCACUCCUCUCCAGGACAGGAUUGAGGAUUGGAAGAAGACAGCCAACCAGCUAGACAAGGACCAUGCCAAAGAGUACAAGAGAUCUCGUCAUGAGAUCAAGAAGAAGUCCUCAGACACCAUGAAACUGCAGAAGAAGGCCCGGAAAGAAAUCCAGGGCCGAGGGGACCUGCAGCCCCAGCUGGAUAGUGCCAUGCAUGAUGUAAAUGACAUGUACCUGCUUAUGGAGGAGACAGAGAAGCAGGCGGUGCGCAGAGCUCUGGUGGAGGAGAGGGGACGCUUCUGCACCUUCAUCGGCUUCCUGCAGCCUGUAGUGAAUGGAGAGAUUGCCAUGCUGGGAGAGAUCACUCACCUCCAGGCCAUUAUUGAUGACCUCACUGUGCUGACCACUGAUCCCCACAAACUUCCCCCCGCCAGCGAGCAG